AUGUUGGUCUCGACGCCCGAGGCUCCUGACCGGGUGUUUCCUUCCUCCGGUAAACGGAUCAGCGCGGAGGGGCGAGACAUGAACUUUAGCGGAGACGCACUUGCAGGAGCGAGAAGGGGAGACGGCGGUGGAGGAAACGGAGGAGAAGAGGUGAAGCCUGAAAAGGUCGACAGCAAGUGUGACGCAGGCCCCGUCUUGCCGCCGGGAGACGCGUCCAAGGGGUGCCUGGUUGUCGUUAAAAUCGGAACGAGCACAUUGCUAACAGCCACAAAAGACAGGAUGAGCAUGAACCUCUCCAACCUGGGUCGAUUCGUCGAUACGAUUUGCGAAUUAAGAGCUCGAGGCCACACGGUCGUCGUCGUUUCCAGCGGGGCUGUGGGAGCCGGGUGUGUGACGCUGCGUCUCAAACAGAGACCCGAAAACCUGAACACAAAGCAGGCGCUGGCCGCCGUCGGGCAGUGCAGGCUCAUGCGCCUGUACGAAGACUUGUUCAGUGUCCGGGAAGAACGAGUCGCGCAAAUGCUUCUCUCUCGGCAUGACCUUCUCCACCAAAAAUCGUACCAGAACUUUCAAGCGGCUCUUAAAGCUCUCCUGGCUCUGGAUGUGAUUCCCAUCAUCAACGAGAACGACAGUCUGGCGACUGAGCAGCUGCGAUUCGGCGACAACGACACUCUCGCUGCCCACAUCGCUGUUGCAGUCGACGCGCAAUGGCUCUUCAUUCUCACUGACGUCGACUGUUUAUUCGAUCGGAAUCCGCACAAGCAUCCAGACGCCCGCCCCGUCGCGUUCGUGAAUCGGUUGACAGACGUCUACGCCUUUCUAUCCGACGGCGACUGCGGGGCGUGGGGAACUGGCGGUAUGUACACCAAGGUGAUCGCGAGCAAGAUUGCGACAAACGUCGGCGUGCAUGUCGCGAUUUCGAACGGGAAGUAUCCGGAGCGAAUCCUGGACAUGCUCGAGUACGCACGGCAGAGUGAGACGCAUCCCGAGGCGCUUCGUCGCGGGGAUCUCUUUCCCCUGCGGUCGCCUGUUCGGGAGAGGCCGUUUGUGCGCGGGUCCUGCCGAGCCGAGGAGACAGCCGAGGCCGCGGAAGGCCAGGAGGAGCGGCGCGAACAGGAUGAGGAGACGGGGAAGAAGAAGGAGAAGAAGUUCGCAAAAACCAGGCAGGACGAGACAGGUGCGCCACAACAGUGGGAGAGGGAAGAUGGAGGGGAGAGCGAGCGGCCAGCCACAGGCAGUACAGCGUGUGAAAAGGGGAAGAAAGAGAGCGAGAGUCCCGAGACCGUCCCAGCCAAGUUUGGGGGCCCGGAAACACGCGACCGGGAGGGGGGGACGGGGGGGAAACCGGAGCGGUUCGAGACGGCGGGUACAUCCUCGCGGGGGGAGACAUGGGAGGCGGACGAAGGCGGCGGGCUUGGAGAGCCGGAGAGAGAAGAUGUAGAGCAAAGAGGCGAGCUCGAAGAAAAAGGAGGGAAGGAACAACACAGAAGAAAUCAAACUGGAGAGGCGCUGGACUCGGGUGCCGGCGAAGCUGGUGGUCAGCCUUUUUCGUCUCUCAUGAUCUGCGACAAUCUUCAACAGAUGCCGUUCCUAGGGACGGUUUUUAUCGCGAAGGAUCGGCGCCUGCACAGAAAGGGCGACACCCGCGGAUGGAUUUUGUCUCUUCCAGUCCGAGGGAAAGUGUUCAUCGAUCCCGGCGCAGUCGCCGCCCUCGUCCAGCAGAAGAAGUCGCUCUUCGCAGCGGGUGUGCACCACGUCAGUGGCAAUUUCUCAGCCAACGAAUGCGUGGCGAUCUACAUCACGAGUUUGUCUCGAGGUUCCAAGCGACUGACUGGCGGGAGUGGAGGCACAAAGAGCACCUCGCCGCCCAGAGAACAGGGGAUCCCCAGCGGCCCGCAGAAGCGAGGCACUUUUUUCGGCGAACGGCAAAACAGCACGGCAAGCCAGAGGUCGGACGAUCUCCCGCGGCUUCGAAACGGCGCGAGCGCCUCCAACGAGGACGCGCUCGAUCCGUCUCUCUCAGCUUCGUGUCCGUUGGUGUCCAGCGACGCGCCAGCAGGCCUGACGCACGUCCGUUCCGCCGGCUGUCUGUCGGAGUCGCGCCUCGAGGGUUCCGCUGCGGCGUCGCCAGCGGCGUCUUCCCCGGUCUUCUCGGCCUCGCCGUGUCCUAUUGAAUGCCUGGAAAUCGCCCGGUGUAUCUCCAACGUGAGCAGCUCGGAGCUGAAGAUUAUCAAAGGCCGAAAGAGCAGCGAAUUUCGCGACCUGCUCGGCUACGCGGUAGAUGAAGAAGUCGCCCACAGACAGCACAUUGUCUUCACGUUCAUGAACGGCCACGAAGCCUUGAAGAGCUUCUGUCUCGCGAAACAUGCAAAAUUCAAGUUCGCGGAAAAGGCCGAGGCGCCCUUGGCAGCAGAAGCAUUGGACGGCCGAACCGGCGACUAG